AUUACACAUUGUUUCAAAUGCGUGUUCUGUACUUCGUAUUGGUGAUACUACUAAAUUAUUCCUCUUCAUCGUUCUUAUCACCGGGUAUAUUUAUUUAUCUAUUUUCCUGUAAAUAUUGAUCGCCAAUAAGCCAUCGACUUGGCUCUUGUCUCCUUCUGAAAAUCGUUAACUGAUCCUGCCGGGUGUUUGAUUUUUGACAGACACUAUUAGCCACCCCACUCAGGCUAACUUCCGAGUUCCAGGGCCCAAAGUCUAUCAAUAUGGGUGCGAGGCCGGCUGUAAGCAUUUUCUUUUCUUAGUUCUAUCGUGGUCCAUUUGUUUCACAGUCAGCCGUUACUCGAACAAUUCCUUCCCUAUAGAACCCAGCUUUUGUCGACUUGCUUUUUACCUGCACAGCGACCCAAGUGACUAACAAUGUCUCAGGAAUCAAGUCGUGACUAUGACACGCAGUCAUUGACUGCAAGUGUAACAGACUAUCCUAUUGAGAAUGGCAGACGGUAUCAUAAGUAUCAUGAAGGAUCUUAUGUUUACCCAAACGAUGAGCAGGAACUAGACCGACUAGACAUGCAACACCAUAUGAUCAAGUUGGUCAAUGAUGGUCGCCUAUUCUUCUCUCCAUUAGAACAGCCCAAACGAAUCCUUGAUAUCGGUACCGGAUCUGGAAUAUGGCCUAUAGAGAUGGCGCCCAUCUUCCCAGAAGCCGAGAUCAUAGGCACCGAUCUUUCACCUGUUCAACCGAACGAAGUCCCUGAAAAUGUCCACUUUAUAGUGGAUGAUGCCACCGAAGAUGAGUGGUUAUGGGGCCCCAACCACUUUGACUUCAUUCAUACAGGACACAUGUCAGGUUCCUUUCCCUCAUUUAAAGAAAUGCUACGCAAAUCUUUGAAACAUUUGAAACCUGGUGGUUAUAUAGAGUGCCAUGAAUUUGACGCAAAACCGAAGUGCGAUGAUGGCACGAUGCCACCGGACGAUCCCGAUAAAUUCAGCGAUUUUGCUUUGCAAGAUUGGUGUGAUCUAAAUGUUCGCUCCGGCCAGAUCUCAGAUCCACCUCGGCAAUUUCGCGUAGCUCACAGAAUUGCACGUUGGAUGAGGGAGGUGGGAUUCGUAGAUGUUCAAGAACGCAUCAAGAAAGUCCCAAACAAUCCCUGGCCUACCGAUCCGCACUUGAGGGAAAUCGGCAAGUGGAACGAGACAAACUGGCUGGAGGCCUUAUCGGGAUGGUCGUAUAAGCCUCUUACUGCCUUAGGUUGGUCGAAACCUGAAAUUGAGGUGUUCCUUGUCGAUGUCAGGAAAAGUGUCCAGAACCGUGACGUCCACAGUUACUUGGACUUUUAUGUUGUGACAGGAAGAAAACCAAAGCCUGGAGAGCAAACUCCGUAGUGGACUAUUCCAUCGUGGUCCCUGAAUUCCCUUUUCAUAUACAUAUAUAUCUCUUUUUCCCCUUUGAUUGGUUGGCUUGAUUGGCGUGCAUUAGCAUAAGAUACCAUUGGCGAAAAAAAAGUUAUGCAUGGGAAGGCGUGCAAAGCUCUCUUCCUCUCUUCUUUUUUGUUCUUCUCUUUCUCCCCUUAAUUUGUUGUUUCUUUUUUUCCUUCGGACUUCUAAAUAUACCUUACAGUUACGAGAGCACCCAAAACUGGAGGCUAUAAGCGAACAGUAACUGGCUCAGAAUUGCGAAGGUUACUCAACGAAUGUGUCUAUUUAACGGUCACAGAACCAUAUAUAAGAUAUUUACCAUAAUUUUGGAAUACGA